AAUUUAUUUUUUAUUAAUUAAAUUUUUAUUAAAUUCUAUAUUUUCAUUUGCCAUUAAAAUAAAUGUAUCUUAAAUAUUAUUAUUUUUGCAUCACCCUGCUCUUCAAGUUAUUUCUUCCGCUUGAGAUAUACGAAAAUAUGCCUAAAAGUAUGCAAACAUUUUACGCAACUUUCUGAUCAUGUUAGUUUUAUUUCACUUACGAAAUUUCUUGAUUCAGUCUCCGCGCUCAAAGCCCCGAUAGAAGCUAUGCAAUAUUCUUAAGAACAGCAACAGAAUAUUCGUUGUAGAAAAAUCCCACCUUUUGCUUUCAUUUGGUCAUCGAGCAAGUAAUUCCGUUUACGCCCACACACCCACACAUGCACUCACAGUUGCUUCAUGGCAGUAAUGCAAUGUAAAAGUGAACUCUCUCAAAACCUUGGCUUUGAUAGUGCUGAUCAAGCAGGGCUACAUUUGUGGCAUGUGCACACACACUCUGGCAACCUUUCCAUUUAAUUUUGCCCGCCCACUUUUUUCACAUUUUCGCCACUUUUGCAUUAGGCGCUCAGCAAGCGUGCGCUAUAAUUCCAACUGCAUGAAAAUCGCCUGCAAAUGUGUUGAUGCGUUCACAUCAGCACAACAGCAACAACAACAGCAAGGCUUGCGUGAAUAGUGGCGCACUAAUGCGCUUGUUUUUCAAGCCUUUAAGCGAGGUAAAGGCAAUAGCAACAAAGUUGGAUGGCGUAUUAUUGGUCUACUAGGUGGCAUGCUUCUCGUGGCAGUUGUGAGAUCCGUGCAACACACACACAUACACAUGCAAACAGGCGAACACAGGCAAUGCGCCUAAUUCACUCAGCUUCAUUGCGUUGCUGAUGCGCCAGUUUCGCCGCUGAUGCGUGUUGAUGGCAUCCGCCAAAUAGCGGCGGCACUUCGUCAUGCAUAUUUACACACAUGCGCACAUACACACACACAAACAGAGAAAAGAGUACCGGUACGACAGGCGGCUAGCCGCAACAACCACACAGCCAACAGGCGCUCCGAGUUACUUACAGUCACUUACCGCAGUGCAAACUUGAUUAUGCGCCUGUGCUUUUUUACUAUCUCCGCCUAUGUGUAUAUGUGUGUGUGUGGAGUAUACGUGUGUGUAUGCAUCUGUGUAUAUGGGAGAGUAAUUUGAUGCAACGACGUGAUAAGAAUUUUCAAUUGCAGGCUUUCACCAGGAAAUUGUAUGUAUGUGUGUGUGUGUGCAAUAUGUGGCAUUGUGUUGGCAUAUGCAGCGUGCCAUAGAAGUACCAAAAAUUUUACUUUCAAAUAUCCUUUGCGAAAAGUUACUUCUUGGCAUUUGCUAAUUUAUGCUUCACACCCUUUCACUCACUGUUUCCACUUUUCCACAAUUCCGCAACUUUCAUUUUCAUUUACAUUUUCAUGGUAAUUUUUCUGGUCACCGACUUUAAGCAUUUCAAAUUAUCGUUUCAUUUUCAUUAAAAUUUCCCACUCGCCGCGUGGAGCAAACACAAAUAAAUUAAAUAAAGUCACACAAAGACAUUCGCGAGCAAAUUGCCAUUUUUGUUGCUGCCACACUACACUCAUCACGUUGGUGGACAGCGUGGCAAACACACAAAUUUGUAAUCCUCUUAAACGAAAACGCUGAGUGGGCAUCAAGCGUCCGUCGCUUAAUUUGCUUCUUAAGACAAUUACGCCAUAAAUUUUUGUCAAAAGGCAGAGAGAGAGUGCAGCAACCGGCUGCUCGAAAUGGUGGCAGGAUGUAAGAAAGGACAUUUGAGAAUUUGCGUGCAAUCGGACACUGGUUGGGCGUACGGCAGCAUGCCAGCACGUACGCAAAAGCGUUUUUUUUCAACUCUUAAUUUUUUCGUUAACUUUCUGAAUUAUUUUUAAUAUAAUUUUUAUUCCCCUGUUAGCCUUAACGUAAGGAGAACUUUAACAAGCAACAAAGCUUAAAAGAGUUUUCUCUAUAGUAAUACUUGAAUUUUUUAACAAAAUUUUUAGUUUCUUUACAAAUUUUCAAGUUUGAGUUUAGUCCUUUUUAAACUCAUUACACUGUACAACAUACGGCUGAGCAUUAAAACAAAAUACGGUUUAUGGUAUUUCUUAUAACAAAUAUCAAUAUUAAUUAACAUAGCAGAGGACCCUGUAUACAUCAAGCAAAUGGUGACGACACCUUGGUUUGUGCAAUUGACGUCGAAACUGUACAACAAUCUACCCAAUGCCGCGCCAAAAAUGUGCGGAAACCGAAAACAAAAAAAUUCACUUAAGGCACUGAAAGUACUGAAAGCCAUACUAGCCGAGACCUAUGAAAAGUAAAAUUUGAAUCCGAUAAUAAAUAUUUGUAUAGUCCAGGUCAAUGUAGAUCAGAUGUUAGGCAUAGAAAAUGUAAGCGACGAAUACUAUCUGAAAAAAUGAGCUACUAACAUAAACGCUUUUUUCGGGGUAGAAAAUAACAUUUUCCCACUAAAUCCCACUAAUCGCAGUUUUAUAUGCAUAAUUACAUAUGUAUACACUUUAUGGAAUUGAAAACGAAUCUUUGACCUGUAAAUAUAAUAAUCUAAUAGAAGAAGAACAUAAUAAUAAAAAUGUUUCAAUGAUAUUAAAACAUGGAAAAUUCAGAACGAUUCUGACCUUCGAGUAAAAGAAAACAAAAAAUUCUAAAACAUUAACUAAAUAUUGACGGAUUUAUGAUGUUACCUUAACCUCAAUAUACAAUGAAAAACAGUUUCGCACACUUCUCACCUUUUUAGGUAAUAAUUGCAUUAUUAUACCAAUAAAAUGACCUCGCUUUAGGUAUUUUAAACUGAUGAUUAAUAAUGUGUAGCAAGCAAGUCUGACAUACUUGAUUUGGUAAUCAGGUAUCAGAUGCUCAAAGAUUAUGGAAAUAAUAGAGAGUAUUUGAGCGGAGAGACGAUGACAAAGUCGAAGAGUUAGAAAUGUACCAACAAAACAGAGUUACCAGAGACAGAGGGAGAGAAAAAGAAAGAGAAAGAGAAAAAAAAUUGUAUUUAUAAUAUUUGACCUUGGCUAACAUUUACAUUGCACUGUCUCGAUAAUUUACAGCUUUUCAUCUGCCUGCUUGCUUUACCUUCCCUAACACAUCGGUUUUACUUUUCUGUUCCUUAACUCUUUUGUUGGUUUUUUCUUUUUUUCAUAAGUUUGCUUUUAGUUCUUCGCUUGGGUGUUACGCGCUCAAGAGAACCUAAAUGUCAUACCGUCAUGCCAGUUUUAUAAUGUUAUUCUUACACAUCACUUUUGCUAAUAAAGAAACUUAAACGCCAAUAAACAUUAAACUUAGAUCAAAUUUGGUAAUACCUAUUAAUAAUUUCAUGAAAUUUAAGCCGUAUUCGGGACAAAGAUAUGAGUGCAAUUUCGUCUGAAUGGCGAAAGCUUUCAAUUAAAUUUAUCGAAUACAAUAAAUCAACUCCCGACCAAUAUGUCUUUGAUGAAUGCAGUUAUGGAAAGACAAUCGAAUAAUUAUGAACCGAACCAAAAAUGUCAAAAUUUUGUAACACCACAUAUAGAUGGUGUAUCCACAGAGGAUUCUCAGUUGCUAGCGCCAAAGCGAAAAGCUUCAGAACGCGAGGCAUUCAAUUCACAAAAUGACGAACCAAACAACCCUGACGAACCUCUAAAUUUGGCAAUAAAAAGACGACAUCUCAAUCCGCCAGCAGUUAGUAAAAGUGAGGCUGUCAAUUUCUUAAGUCAUGCAGUUGACGUUCCCAAUGACAAUUCACCUUUCCCUGCUAUGCUUUGUGAGGUUACGUAUGACAAUGACGAGGGGAUGGAAACAGUGCCACCCAACCGAGAUAAACGUAAGAUAUCACUGACCAAUAACCCUAUUCAGGAAGAGCCAAUUAGCUUAACAAACUACACGAAUUAUUGCGUCGUCAAUUUGGAAUACACGAACACUAACAAAACGCCCGAUGCACCAAUAGACUUUAGCAGGAAGGUAGAAAAAGAGUCAGCAACAAUAGCGACAGCCACAGCCAUCGCAGUUGAAAAAACGUUUAAUCUCGUCCCAGAAAUUUCCACCAACAGCGAUAGCAUUAGCUUCGGAGGCACUAUACAUAAAAUAUUCAGCACAACAUAUGACCAAAUGAAACAGAUCGAGCUCUACAAAAUAGAGCACAAGAUUACAUCAAAACAACGAGAGCCAGACGAUGAUGUCUAUAUAGAACUAGGACCGAAAGGUACAAUGGUACCAUUUAAUGAAUUGAAGAAAAUUGAUUGGACAGACGCCCUGGAAGCGACACACGAUUUGCUCUCUCUUGUAUUUCCAUUGCACGUACUUGAGACACAUGGGCUUAGCCGCAGAUUUACGCUACUGGAACUUGACGAUGAUUGCAAAAGCCGACCCCGUUUGGACGAUAACAAAUUUUACGACAUUCAGUACUACGUUACGGAAAAGACUAAGAUGAGCGAUGACGCUUUUGCAUACAUUGUUGCAAGGAGACUUUUGAAAUUAGCCAAAGCAAAAGGAUACAAUCCCAUCGAAAUAUCGUAACAUUGUAUGAAAUAUAUAGUAUUUUAUAUAAGAAAAUAUAUACACAUUUAAUGUAAAUUUUAUAUGUAAUAGAAUAAAAAAAUGUAUGACAAAAAAAUAGGAUUAUGUCUUUCAUGUAGCUAGGACUUCUGGUACUUCUCAUAUAUCACAUCUUCUUCAAUUUAUUUUUUUUUUUGUCAUAUAUAUUUUCCAUAUUUAGUCAACAGAAACAGGUUUGCAUUUCUACUACUAUUACUAGCCUAAGCAAUGCAAAGAAACAGAAGCUAAAAGCGAAGUAUUAAAUGUUUAUUAUAUUUUAGUCGUUCAUUUAUUAUUUAUUUUCGCAUCGCUAGUUUUAACGAGAGCUCUCAGCUUCACUGUGUGCUCAGUCUAAGCAGUUAGCGAAAUAUUCGUUGAAUGAUUGCCAUUUGCGAAAAUAUGCGUAUGAAAGUUUAAAAAGUAUUAUUUUGAGGUAAAUAAAAGUUUUUCCAAAAUUUGAAGAUAUUUUUAAGUAUCCCUGCUUUAAGUGAAAGGCGAAAGGUAUUACUUUCGAAACUUCAAAAUGAAAUGGCAUUCUAUUAUGUCUGCAAUUUAUUGAUUCGAGUUGGAAUUUCAAGCGUAUUUUAAAAUUUGGCAAAACAUAUAUUACUAGAUAUAGUUAAAGAAAACAUCUUGCUAUAUUAAGUACAAUAUAACUACAAAAAAAUAAAAAAUAAAAAUACGAAAAGUUUUUUGUAACCCCAAUUUUUGUAUUUUUUUAUAAAAUAAUGGCAAACUUUAAAUAAACAACAAUUUGUAUUGAAAAUAAACGACAAUUAAAUUAUUUCAUAAAAGUUGUGUUCUAUUGAUGGCAAUAAAAACUUUUACCUCGUGUAAUAUUUUGUCUGCCCAAACUGUCUUAUCAGCAUUUAGUAUUUUCCCAUGUUCAUACUGUUUUUGUUGUUUAGUAAGAACCGUUGUUUAUGCAUUUUCUGCAAUUUUGGUUCUUCGUCAUUGCUUCUUCCUUUGCUUUUCCUCCGCUUAAUUUUAGCUUUGUCAUUUGCAGUCUCUCUUCAUCAGUUAACUUAACUGAACAUCUGUCCACUAUUAAUUGUGUAUUUGUGAAAAUUUUCGUUAUUAAUAAAAAACAUUUCUAGUUUCAAUGUUGUUUGUGUUUUUAAAGAAAUACAAAUAAUUUAAAAUAAAUCUAAAAAAAAUCCAAAAAAAAAAAUUAUAUUGGAGUUUACCGAGAACUUAAGGUGAAUUCACGAUUACCUGCACGUCACGACAGCAAGUGACCUACCUGUAGUAAGACUUAUAAAACCUGCUGGCUACAGCGAAGCCUGCGCACAGUGAAUUUCAUAUCCACAAGAGAUUGACAACAAAUACAACGUAGUACAAAGAGCAAAAUAGAUUGCAAAAUAUAGUAAUAUAAAGUAUGGCUUUCCUCCCGAUUCUUUCUAAAGCUCAAUUCGAAGCCGAAAACGAGAUGAUGAAAAAUGUCAAAGAUCCCAGAGAGAUGAAAGGACUGAUAAACAGAUGGUUGGUAGAGUAUCUACCGAACUUAGAGCCCGGAAAAUUUCACCCGUUAACUCACAAGGCUCUUAAAAAGAAGUAUAUGGUAGCGCUAAAAAUGGCUGUAAUUUUAAGAGAGUAUGAAAACUUAAAGUUAGAAGAAAAAACUUUAUUUCAAGAAGUAUUUAGUAAUGAAAAGGUGUAUUCAGCUGCGCUUAAUUCCGACAGCGGUAUCUCCGCUUCUACACGCAGUUCGGGUUUUACAACACCCCCUCGUAUGUCAAGCACUGCGGUAUCAAUUAGCCAAACUUGGCCAAGUGCAAGCAGUGCCACUUGCUCAACAACACCCACUCGUUGGUCAGACUGCAAGAAAUUCGUGGCGCGUCGCAUUAAUUAUAAUUGCGCUGAUCCACGCAAACGUUUGUUGAGAGCAAUGAGUAGAGAAGGGGAAGACAUCCAAUCAAUAAGUAGCAUGGAUGGCAAUGAAUCUGUUGCUAGCUAUGAAACCACAAGUAGUGGAACCACGGAGGGUGAUCGUACUUUCAAUGCUAGUUUACCACAAUUUAACUCCCCACUACACGCAGCAACUUCAACACCUAUGCGAGUUCCAGCCUUGCCCUAUGCUGCCCACAAUGACGACUACACUAUGAUUGGUCCGAAUGGUACAAAGGUACUAAGUAAAGUCUUCAGAGCCAUAUCAUUUAGUUCGCCAUCCACGGCCACGCGCAGCUUACUUUGUUUGGUCUUUUCGGAAGAGAUACUGGCGAAAAAUACACUUAGCGGCAAGCCAUCGCCAGCAUUUCGGGGACGUGGACGUCCUCCUAAAGGUCAAUUGAAUCCGGACAAGAUUUCAGAUAUCAUACAUUGUGUUACAUCGCGCACAACUUUCACCGAACAUGAGGUUCGUUGCAUCAUCACCACAAAAUGUGCAGAUAGCACAAAGAAGUUUAGACGACUCAAUAAAAUUUCUGAAUCGUAAAAUUAAGAGCAAUGAAGAAGAAGCACGAAGAAAAUACUUUCCAGGAGUAUUAGUUAUGAUCUCGUUUGAGGUUUUAUAUUAUUAUUUGAGGAGGAAAUAUGAUUUAGGUAUAUUGUCAUAGUAUUUUAUAUAAUUUUUAUAUUUAUCCUACAUUUUUUAAGCUAUGUUGAUUUUAUAUUAAUGAAAUAAUCAAUUUAGCGAAAUGAAGAGGAAGCAUGAAGAGAAUACUCUUAAGGAAAAUUAGUUGUACACAAGUGAAGUAUAUAAUAAUUCUUUAUUCAUAUGGUAUUUUAUAUAACUUAUAUACAUAUGCUCAAUUUUCUUACUCUGUAAUUAUGCAAGUAUUACAUAUAAUUAGUGAUUCUAGUACUUAAUUUAAUACAAAAAGUUAGAAAGAGCAAGGAAAAUGAAGAAGAAUCACGGAGCGAAUACUUUCAAGCAGGAUUAGUUCUGAGCUCAAUUGAUGUUCUAUAUUAUUAUAUGUGAAGAUGUAUGAAUUAUAUUUAUUGAUGUAUUUGUAAUAGUAUUUUAUAUAAUUUAUAAAUAUUUAUAAUUUUAUUAUAUAUAAUAUAAUCUAUUUUAAAGCGAAGUUAAAUAAAAAAUUAUAAAGAUGAAGAAAAUUAAUAAAAGUUAAAACGAGGCACAAAAAAAAAUACUUUUAAGGAAAACUAUUUAUGAUCUGGCUCAUUAUAUAUCAUAAUUACA